AUGCCGAGCUAUACUUGCAAUUCCUGCGACGCUCACUUCCAGCGUGCGGCGCAUCUUUCUCGACACAGAAUGCUUCAUUUAGGUGAACGCCCAUUUGCGUGUCCUUCUUGCGAACGCACAUUUACAAGAAGGUUAAUUAACACCGCCAGAACCGGUCCUUUGCUGAGCGUUGCUGACUGCCUGGUCCUCGCUAGGGAUACUCUGCAGCGUCAUGGAGCCGUGCAUGACAAGCAUCGUGACAAGGACACUCCAAGUCGAAGGGUGCAGCAUGCUUGCCGGAAGUGCUCGCAAUCUAAGCAGCGCUGCGACGGCAAGAAGCCUUGCAAUCGAUGCGCCCAGAAGAAUCUGGGCUGCUCGUAUCGCAUUUCCUCUUCGCCAGAACCGAAUCGCAAAGACAUGUCCAUCCUUCUGUCCUCUUUGCAAUUGCCACAGCCUGCCACAGAGGGAAAUCAAAGCUUGGACCCCAAGAACACCUGCCGGGUGUUCCAGAACCAUCAGCCGGGCAAUGCAGAAGCAGUCUGGCAACAGGACUACGAGGACGAGACACGCGAUGUCGUCUCCACCUCCACUACCUUGGAGGCUCGCAAUGCCACGACGCAGCCCCAGUUCACCGCAGAAGCCAACAAUUUUGAGCCGAUGCCUCUGAUGAUAGACUACCUCAGUGACAUGUCCUUUUCGGCUUUCGGUGAUCCUUCGCAGCGGCCCAGCGCCGUUCCUGUGGAGGAGAGUGUCAUGACAAGCAAAGCGGUGGCAACCCAGGGCCCUGAAAUCGACCAAUUUAGCAUGGAUAUGAUGUCUCCAGAUAUGGAGUAUUGGGAUGUCUCCCCGUCCUUUGACGCUCUCUACCAAGAUCUCGGUUUGAAUUUUGGGUUUGCCAGGUCCAUCGAUCUUGCCCAGUCUACACAGCAUGAGACACCGGGAUCAGAGCCCGACCUUGGCGCGAACAUUGCAAGUCCGCCUGCUCCGAGCUUUCUCGAUGCCAGAGCUAGCCCAGAGCCAUGCGAAGGACAAGGUCUUACUUACGACGACUAUGUUCGAAAAGUAUUUGCCAAUCGACGCCACCUGCACAGCAAGGACAAGCAAGGAUCCCACGGCCAUACGCUGGAGAAGGCUCACAUCCCGCCGGUCAUCGGAGACUUCCCCCUUUCAUUGUCUUCACAGAGCGAUGACUCGACGUGGGAGCCAGAGAACCUCCGUCACGUUCCCUCUCUCACACAGGAGGUCUAUGAUCAGAUUGUUGCCGCCUUCCAGCAACUCAACGCCACCCAGUGCUCUUACAUACAAUUUGCAGGCGGCGCGUUCCCAUCCCUGGCUGCGUGCAAUGCUUUCAUGCAGCUCUACUUCGAAGAAUUCAACCCACUGUUCCCCUUCCUCCACCAGCCCACUUUCAACCCCUCGACAACACCAUGGCUUCUGGUCCUCGCCACAAUCUCCAUCGGCAUUCGUUUUGCACGGGAUCCCGCAGCUGUGGAAUGCGGCGAUAUCAUGCAGGAAUUCCUGCGUCGAGCCUUUCUUGCUACGAUCGAAGAAGAUUACAGCUCCUUUUGCGAGCCUUGGCUGGCUCAGGCGGGACUCCUGAAUCAAAUUGGCAUGCAAUUUUCGAAAGACAUGCGGCUUUUCCAGUAUGCCCAGUCCGUGCGAAGUAUCGUCACGUCGAUCUGUCGUCAAGUCAACUGCUUCCAUGAAAUGAGACGUCCAGCGCCUUUGGAGAACAAUAAGCAAUCUGCCGAGGACGCUUGGAAAAUUUGGCUGCGGAGAGAAAGCAUGCGCAGGCUGGCAUACACCUUGUGGGUUGUCGACAGUCAGGCUCUUCUAUUCUUUGACCUGCCGCCUCUUGUACCGAUGAAGCUCCUUCAGGUGCGACUGCCUUGCCAUGAAAGUCUGUGGCACGCGCCGACAGCGUCCUCGUGGGUUGAAUGCUACAAACAGAAUAGACCCUAUCUGCCGCUAAGCAUUCGCGAAGAAUUAAACAACCUCUACCGCACGCACGUCCGCCAGCAAGGCCUUGGUGAUUAUGCCAUCCUAGUAUUGAUUCUUGGAGUCUUCAGGAAUGCCGCGGAGGUUCGACGUGUUCUCGACGAGGGGUGCCACCUGCUGCCGUACUUCGCACAGUCUAAGACUCAGCCAGCUCCCGUGUCAUAUACAAGAGCGGAGACUUUCCCAACCAUUCACAAGGCCAUGGAAUAUCUGCGGGUCCUGUGCCCGGCCGAUGAAGAGGUUCCCCGGCUGUCUUCGUUGAAGUCCGCAAUUUUACUCCACUAUCACGCCGUCGGAAUUCUCCUGAGAAUCCCGCUCGGAGAGCUUUAUUGCUACUGCGGCUAUCGCGUCACCAGCACGGACAUUGCGCACUGUGAAGCCCGCCUCAAGGUCUGGGCACAGCAGCACGGCGAAGAGGUUCGCCAAGUGGCUUUGCAUGCUAGUCGACUGUUUGCCCACAUUCGCCGUUCGAACCUCCACUAUCAUUACGAAGGGCGGAUGAUGCUUAUAUCAUGCCAGGCCUUGUGGAUCUAUACCGCUACGGCUCAAUCAAGCCUAUCGUUGGGCGGGCACAAAGACCAAACGGAACAUCCCUCGGGACAUGGUUUAAGUUCCAGCAUCCGCCUUGACCAAGGUCUUACCAGGGAGGCGGUGGAGGCUUGGAUACGAAAUGGUCAGCAGAUGGUUCCUUGUCUCGCAGGAGUGGGCAGCCUUCAAGGCGUGCAAGGGAUCGCUCGACUUAUUCAGGAAGGCUCCCGUAUCAUGAUGGCAGCAUCGAGGUGGCCACUGAACAUCGCGCAGGGGAGGUGCUUGCGCAUAUAUCACCAGCUUCGCUCAGGUUCUCCAGCAACAGACGUCGAGCCAAGAACCCUACCAUAUCCGAAGGCCAUCCCCUGA